AUGCUCAUAUCAUUAUUCUCUCAACAUAGAUGCGGGAGAUUCGCAUGGGCGGUGUAUCCGCAAUUUCUCAAAGGGAUGCCUUCGAGAUCAUGUCGAGGGCAAGUGUCAAGCACCCGAAAUCCGAUAGUGAUACAAGCCAAUCAAUCAAAGCGAACGCGAUGUGCAAUGACUGCGACAGCAGAACUGAGUGCGGAUGAAUUGGCCAUUGUAGAGGCGACUGCUCGAGUGGGUCACUACGUUGCAACUGGAAAACUGUCAGAAGUCGGCGUUUUCGAAUUGGCGGCGUUCUGCAGCGUAAAAGGAUUAUCUCUGCCUGCAAAUAUAUGGGAUCGGUCGGGCUUAGAGGCAGCGGUACUAGAGUACGCUCGGCAAGAACGUCUCGUUCGGAUACGGAAGGGAGGUGAGUGGGAAGCAAUGCCUAACGCUCGGAAAAUUCGUCUUCUGCAUGAUAUCUGCAACGCGGAAGGCGACGUAACGUACAUCGACCCGGAGACUGGAUACACAGUGUUCACUUUCUUCGCACAUUUAAAGCGAGGGGAUUGUUGCGGAGUCAAACCGCGGGAAGAAAUUGGUGAAGACGGCAAAUCCUACGAACGUACCCAUCGAUGCAGGCACUGCCCUUACACGGAUCCAGGAGAAAUCAAGAGCUCAAAGAUGGAAGCGUUGAGGGAUCGCUCAAAAGUAAUCGAGGCUGCUAGAGAGAGGGCUCAAGAGUUAUAUUCGGAAAGUGGUGAAGUGAAGGGGCCCACAUCAUUCGGAAGAUUGAAAGAAUCCAACGGGGUUGGGGUUACGAAGGAACGGGAUGAUACAGAGGUAGGCUCAUCUCUGUCUCAUCAAGGGACACAUGAGGCUGCUUCAAUGCGAAAAUUCGCAAAGGCCGUUCGGAUCGAUAAGCCCAUCAAAGAAGCAGUGCAAUGUGAGGAUUGCGCAGACGAGAAAAUCCUCACUUGUACUCGAUGCAAUGGGUUCACGUUUCUGUGCUCACCCGAGCUCAUGAAGUGUCCGCAAUGUCAAGCCAAAGGGUACCAUCCGUGUAUGAGCUGCACGCCGUUCCGUCCGCCUUCGAAGUCCUCCUUCAAUUCAUAG